AUGGAAAAAUUAAAUAUUAUUUGCUCACUUUGUGAUUGGAGUGGAAUAUUUAAGGAUUAUCAAGAACAUUUAGAUAAAGUUCAUUUGAAUCCUUUCUGUCAAUUUUGUGGUAAAGAGUUCAAUAUAGUCGAUUCUCUUACGCAGCAUUUAUCUAUUUGUGAGAAAGCUACUCUCAAUUGUGUCCUCAAAUCAUAUGGUUGUAAUGAACAGUUUCUUCGUACAAACAUACGAGAGCAUUUUCUCAGUCAACAACAUCAACAUGUUUUACUUGAAUUUCUCACUGAAAAGAUUCAACAUCUGACAAAUAAUAAAGAUGAUGAAUCAAUAGUACCUUAUUCUACAACAAAAUCUACUGAUAGAGAACUUGAUGAGUCUUCUCAUGUUAAUCUUCAACAAUUAUUUGAAAUGAUGGAUAUUGUAAUUAGUGGUCUUAAUGUGUUAAAUGAUGAUACUCAACGUCUCACCUCUGAAUCAUUUCAGUAUCAACGUUCAAUACAAUCCUUGUCCGAAGACGUAUUCAGAUUGAAUACCGCUAUUAAAGAAACUCAUUCGUCGAUAAAUGAUCAUAUAACCAGUCAACAAAUAAUUGAAGAAGGUCUUACUUCACUUCAGCAACAACUUGAUGAUCAAAAGAAUAUUUCCCAUAAUGGCACACUUAUAUGGAAAAUUACAAAUAUUCAACAAAAAAUAGAAUUAUUUAAUGCCAAAGCUGUUAGCAUUAAUUUAGUUUUAUUUUUAAUUCUAAUACAUUGA